CCUUCCAUUCGUGAACAGAAUUCCCCUCCCUCUCUAGAUCUCCCCCUGCUAACGAAGGUCAGUCAUGAGCCCUAUUCGCGCUGCUGCUGCUGCACGUAGGCGGCCGGCAUUAUUAUUGCCUUUCCGGCCACCACUUUGCACUGCUGUGUUUCCAGUCCAGCUGAUGAUAUACACGAUGCUUCUUCAGACAGACCACCACCACCAGUAAUGCCGACCGCGAGGCGCACGCGCAUCCCGGCGUUCGGGGAGUGGAACCACCACCACCACAGCAACGGCGGCGGCGCGUGGGCGCCGGCGGUCAUGACCCCGUCCUUCGACUUCGGCCACGCAAUAACAACGCCGCACAAAGCGCCGCAGACGGUAUGUACGUACGUACGCGCGCGCGUUAUCCAAUCCAAAGCCCACAACGAUGCGUCGGCUUGCUGCUUAUCGACGAGACGAAUGGGUAGUAAUGCUCGUCGCGUCGCGCGUGCGUGCGUGCAGCAGGGGAGGCGGCGAGGCGCCGCCGACGGUGUCGUCCACGCGGCCAAGCUGGCUGCGGCUGCGGCGGCGGCGGAGCCUCACCAAGGCCACACGCAGACCACGAGGCGGAGCAAGGUGGCCGACUCCGGAGCCUACGCGCAGGCCGCGGCGGCGGCGAGGAGGUCCUGCUUCGCGCUGGCCAAGCCCGUCGACGACGACCUGUACGGAGUCCCUCCCGACAUGCUCUACGGAAAGCCGCCGCCGCCGGGAGCGAGGGUACGUAGUACGUACGCACUUACGCUCAUUACUAGCCAUGAUUUAUUUGCUGUCCAUUUUGCAUCGGGAAAAAACGAAAAAAAAUGCAUGCUACCUUAAUGUAAAAUCCCAUUAAUUAAAGAGUUUAUUCAGAGAGCUUUACGUGCUCUUAGCGAUCGAACGAGCCAUUCAAUCCCAAAUAUCCAUUAUUUAGAACACAUAAAACCCAAUCCCAAAUGUCCAUUAUUUAGAAUACCUAAAACCCACGUUAACCGCAUGGAGUGCAAAAUUUUGUCACCAGGAUUUGCAGUCAUAUAUGAUAGGUAUGUACAGUGAAGAGACACUAAAACGAUUCUCUAGGCACUAGAAUACAUGACGAAUUUGUAGAGCAAGAAGUGAAACGUCUAUUGCUAGAGAUGUUCCACCAAUUUUUUUUUACAAAUGUACUCUUUAAACACUUCAAAAGACUCUAUAGUAUUAAACAUCAAUGUGCAUGCAGUGUUCUUCAUUACUCGUACCGGGGCCUUAACGUUCACGUGAUGAUUUUAACGUCCACGACCGCAUUGCAGAAGGAUGAUGGCUGGCGGAGGAUCCUGCGGCUGCUGGGGUGCUCGUGCUUGAGUUGAGCCCGUCGUAAUGACCGCCGGACACAGCCGAGCAUUAUUGUCACGGACAACAAGGCUGCUGGCUAAUCAGGGCGCGGGCUUUUUGGCUUCCAUCCUCCUGUACGUACUACAAGAUGUCUCAACUUUUGGCGCCUGCUGUGAUCGAUUGAUGACGGGCCGGCAGGCAAGACGUGACUGACGUGCCGGCCUUGCGUUGCGUGGGUCUGUGCGUAGGUGUGACGUUCGUGUUGUGACUGUGUUCGCUGCUGACCGCCUGUCCUUUGUGACUGCUUCAAGCUAGUAGAUUCUAGGAUUUAGAGGUUCUUU